AUGUUUCCUGAACAACAAUUUUUAGAAAAAUAUUACACAACUGAAACUUUUCUAAAAGUAUGUUAUGCUGUUAGUGUUGAUAUGCCUGAUAUAGAUAAAAAAAAUAAAAUAUUAUUUGAAAAAAUUAGUGAAUGUUUUUAUCAAUGUAGAGAAAAAAAAAUUAAUUUUGAUGCAACUGUAGUUUUAAAGGAUUGUAAAGAUGGAAUUUCUUAUUUACUUUUCUCAAAAAAAGUAUCAUCUUCUGUAAAAUCAUAUCUUUUAAACAUUAUUUUUGAAAGUUUAUUAAUGACCAAAAGGCAAAAUAGAGUUUAUGAAUGUACUAGUAUUACAUUAUUUGAAGGAUUCAUUAAUUGUAUCUUUAAAGAUAAAAUUUUUUUGAAUAAUAUUAGUGAUUUUACAAUUUUAAAUAACACUGAAAUUACUAACAUAUCUGAUGACGAAUUUUUAUUGAAAUGUUAUAUCGCUAUUAUUGGAACAUUUUUUAAAAAAAAUCGCAAUGUUUUUUCAUUUAAAUAUAAAAACAGUACCUUUUUUGAUGUUUUAAAAUUUUAUGUCAACAAUUUUGAACGUUUUGUUGCUGCUUUAAUAAAUUAUGAAUAUGAUAGUAUAGAUGGUAAUACGACAAUUAAUUCUAUUAUAGACUAUGAUAUAAAUUUUAAAGAAAAAAAUAUUAAUACAAAUGAAGGACAAUUAGAAAAUGAAAAUAUUAAUUAUGAACAUAUUAAUAUAAUGAAUAAACGUAAAUCUGUAAUUUUAGAGUUAUAUGCUGAAUAUAUUGCAAUUGUUAAUGAAAUUUUAGAUGAUUUUCUUGUUAGAUAUCUAACAUCAGAUCAUUCAGAAUAUAUUGUUAAAAUAGGACUUCUUUACAAAUUUUUUGAUAAAUUAACAAAUCUUGGGAAAAUAGUUAGAAAAUAUAAUGAAACUAGUAAAAAAGAAAAAAAUUUAAUAACAAUAACUAAUAUUAAGAAAAUUAUAUUUAGUGCAAUUAAAGUAUCAUCUGCUUUUAUGUCAAAAUUUUCAAUUACAUUAGAAUUUGAUGAUUUUAAUGAAAUGACUAGAUUAUGGUAUGACUUUUUUUCCAAUGACAUAACAAAAAAUAAUUUCAAUCUUGAAUCACUUAUUAAAAAUGAAAAAUCACUAUUAAAAUGUGCUUUUUUUAAUGAAUCAAUAGUUGAAGUUUCUUCUAGAUUUUUACCUGUUAGACGUUUGAUGGAAAAAAAACCACCUAUAGAAAUAUUAUCUUCAAAAGAUGAAGAUUUUAGCAAAGAAAUGGAAACAGAGAGUAAAAAUGUUCUUGCAAUUAAAAAAUAUCUUUUUGAUUUAAAAGAAUGGCAAGAAAAUGAAAUGAACAAAAUAGAUGAAAUUUCAAAAAAUGAAUUUUAUUUAAAUACUAUAAUUUAUGAUGGUAAAUGUUCUAUUUGGGAAGAAAAAUAA